AUUACAGAUUUGUUUUAGUUGGAUGUAAAAUUAGUUAUUAUGUGUAACAUAUUGUAAGAAUUUUACAAGUUCAAAUUCUUCACCCUUUAAUGGUGGUUGAAUUGAAGUAAUAGUGACCGUUAUCGUGUUAUUGAAGUUUCCUAUUACGUAUAAUUCGUACGUAGGUUUAUUAAGAUUUUAAUAUACUCAAGAUGGAACCACCAAGAGACAAAUGGAAUUUCGUUUUGCUAAUUUUCGUAAUUCAUGGAAUUGGGACUUUAAUGCCGUGGAAUAUGUUUAUAACUGCAAAAGAUUACUUUGUAAACUAUAAGCUGGGAAAUUCAACAAAUUCUCAGGAAUAUGCUGAAAAUUUUCUACAGUAUCAUAACUUUGCUGCCCAAAUCCCUAACGUUGUAUUUAACUGGUUAAACAUUUUUGUGAAUUUAGGGGGUGAUUUAACCACGCGUAUCGUUUUCAGCAUUUUGUUAGAAUUAGCCUUAUUCAUACUAACAGUUAUUUUAGCUAUGGUAGACUCAUCGAAUUGGCCCGGAGGCUUUUUUUGGACAACUAUGAUCACAGUCGUUCUGCUAAAUAUGGCUGGAGGAAUUUAUCAAAAUACUAUAUAUGGAAUGGUUGCUACACACCCAGUUAAAUAUACUGGGGCGGUUGUAUUAGGAUCUAAUAUAUGUGGAUUAUUUGUCUCUAUACUAAGUAUAGCAAGUAACUCCAUUUUUUCAUCGAAACGGACCGCAGCGAUUUAUUAUUUUAUCACAGCUAUGGUGGUUCUGCUGGCUUGUUUUGAUACAUUUUUUGCAUUACCGUUAAAUAAAUUUUACCGAUAUAAUCAGCUUUCUAGAAAACCAGAGGAGGAAACAGAUGAAAAAAAGGAGUCCGUGAUACCAUAUUGGAACAUUUUUAAAAAAUCGUCUUUACAACUUUACAACGUGUUUUUUACAUUCUUUGUCACAUUAUCGAUAUUUCCUUCUGUACAUUCAGAUAUAAAGCUGUCGACGUCGUCAAAUUUCAUUAUACAGUCACCUGUUCUCUUUACUUCGGUGACUUGUUUCCUGACCUUCAAUCUCUUUGCAAUGUUAGGGAGUUUGACAACAUCGUGGAUGCAAUGGCCUGGGCCCAAAUAUUUGGCAAUACCUGUGACACUGCGCAUUAUUUUCAUACCGUUAUUUCUUUAUUGCAACUAUCAACCUCUUAAUACAACUAGGACAUUACCGGUCAUAAUACAAAACGAAUGGAUAUAUUGGUUUAUUGCUGUUUUAAUGUCAUGGAGUUCAGGAUAUUUAAGCUCUUUGGCAAUGAUGUACGCACCACAAACUGUUGAACCAAAAUAUCAAGUCAAAGCUGGAAUGUUUGCGGCUGCAAUGCUUAUCACAGGGAUCUUCGGUGGAAUAUUGUUUUCAUUUUUAAAUCCUCAAUUUAUUGUUUAAGAUUUUUUUUAAAUGAGUUGGAUAAUGUUAAUAUAAUUUCAAUGUAUGUAGAAUACAAAUAAAUUCAAACAAAAAUUCUUUUGUAUUAUAAUAUUUCAUUCGAAUUUAA